GGCAGCAGAGUUGGUUCCAUGGAUAGCAGCUUGCAUUCGAGGAUGGCGAGCGACGCCGACAUGGCAGAAUCUGCCGGAGAUGUGGAGGCUGUUUGUGGUUCUCGGAGGGCGGUCCUGUGUGAGGCCGUCAGAGCUUUCAACGGGUCUGUUUCUGUCUAUCAUCACGAUGUGGUCAAUGGUGUUUUCACUGCUACGGUUUUUGUGCUGUUUCCUUUGUCUGGUGGAGACGACGCUAUUUCAAUGAUGGAUGCAAGAGGAGGAGGUAGAAGAACAAAGGAUGAAGCCGAGGAGAGUGCUGCAGAUGCUCUGCUCUCUGCCAUGAACGUGAAUCUGAAAGUUGGGACGGAUGAUGUUACAGAGCAGCUGGCAAAGCUCAGCAUGUGAAAUGUGGAGAUGAAUAAAUUUGUGCGUGGAGUGUCUAUGUCUAAGUAAGCACUGAUGUGUAUCUUAGAGUAGGUUUAAUUUUCCGUCAUGUACUGGAUGCUGGCUAUGCAUUUUGUGUAUGUGUAUUGCAUAGUGAGGCUAGUUUGUGUCAGCAUGUACCGAGCAAUAUAGAGCA